AUACUAACAAAACAAGUUAUUGAUUCUUGACGCCGUUUCGCACCCUCGACUCUGUUUUGUUUUUCAUAACACAAAAGAUGGGAAGCGAAGGCGAGAACAGGGUGAGGAAACCAAGAAUCCUAUGCCUUCAUGGGUUCCGAACAAGCGGAGAAAUUCUGAAAACACAGAUACACAAAUGGCCUCAAUCAGUGCUUAAGAACUUUGAUCUUGUCUUCGUCGAUGCUCCUUUUCCUUGCCAAGGCAAAUCUGAUGUUGAAGGCAUUUUUGAUCCUCCUUACUACGAGUGGUUCCAGUUCAACAAGGAGUUUACAGAGUAUACCAACUUUGAUGAGUGCCUUCAAUAUGUUGAGGAUUGCAUGAUCAAACACGGACCUUUUGAUGGUCUUCUUGGUUUCUCACAGGGGGCGAUAUUAUCAGCUGCGCUGCCAGGUCUUCAGGAGAAGGGCGUGGCUCUCAAGAAGGUUCCCAAAGUGAAAUUUUUGAUAAUAGUAGGAGGGGCCAUGUUUAGGUCACCUUCUCUGGCAGAGAAAGCAUAUUCUUCCCCCAUUGGGUGCCCCUCCCUUCACUUUCUAGGGGAGACAGAUUUUUUAAAGGAGUAUGGGAAUGAACUACUAAAGUCCUGUGUUGAUCCCGUGGUGAUUCAUCACCCCAAAGGACACACAAUACCAAGAUUAGACGAUAAGAGCCAGAAGACCAUGAUGGAUUUCAUUGAAAGAAUUCAAAGAGAUAUCUAAAAGAAGAAAUGAGUUUAGAGGACAAGUCAACGCUUCAACAUGAUUUUUGAAACAUUUUAUUUUUUUCAUUUUUACAUAAAUUAAUAGCACUACUAUUUUAUACUCAACAGUUAUCAUAAUCAAUUAUAUAAGUGGUCAUGUUUCGAAUAUAAAUGCAGAGGCUCAGUGCCAAUUUGCAGCAGCAUUCCCUCCUCUCUUCACAGAUCUUCCUAUUAUUCUUUUAUAUUCAUUAGUCAAGAUUUAUUCUUUGUACACACCACGGCUAAAAUGGUUGAUAAUAAAUUAUAGAUUUGUU